AUGCCGAGCACCAAGCCCAUCUUUGCUGCCUUCACCCUACAGCUUCUCUUCCUCCUCCUUUUCUUGACCGACGUCUCUCCCUAUUGCCACGUCAGCACAGCCGAUGAAUGUGACGAGCAAAAAGACUUUGUGCCUGGCUACAGCUUGGCUGCAGAAGGCCUGGACAUCACCACACUGGAGAAGAAGGCCACAGUGUUGGAUCUGAAUCAGUGGCAGAAAGCUGACGGCACCUGCACCCUGUGCCGUAACCCUUUUCUGCAGAAUAGGCCUCUUCAGAGACUUCCCUUGGUGGCCGUUGACUGGACAGCCAAAAUGAAGUGUCAGAGGAAGGUUCACACUUCCCUACAAAGCUCUAGCAUUGAUGUGCUUCACGCAGCAGCAUCUGACGUGAACAACGACUGGAAGGUGGGACUUGAUGUGCAGCCAAAUCCCGGGCUUCAAGUCCAGAUGACUAUGGCUGGAACUCACUCCAAGAUGGCGGACUUCACCAUACAGAAGAGUAACCAAGACAAGUACAGUUUUGCAAGCCACGAGAUCUCCUGCUUUCAUUACAGCUUCCGUAUCCACCAAUACAUUCCCAUCAGCCAUUUCAGGCACGCUCUUCGCAGUCUCCCUGCCAAGUACCGACCUGACUCCCGUCUGGAAUACCAUCAGCUCAUUGGCAUUUAUGGGACCCACUUCAUCAGUCAUCUGCAUUUGGGGGGCCGCGUGAGGGAUGUGACAGCCGUGCGGGUCUGCGAGACAGCGUUGGAUGGUGUGUCUGUUGACGAAGUUAAAGACUGUUUAAGCCUCGAGGCCUCAGCCAACAUUGGGGGUGGCAAAGGGAGCCUCAGCGCAGCCUACAAAGCAUGUGAAGAGCUGAAGAAGAAGAAGAGUUUCAAAGGAAGCUUCCACAACACCUACAAUGAGAGACACACGGAGGUGGUGGGAGGGGAACAAAACACCGACUUGCUUUUUUCAAAUGAACAAAACCCUGAAGGCUAUAAGCAGUGGUUGGAAAGCCUCAGAUCUAUGCCCGAGCUCCUUUCUUACUCCCUGAAGCCCCUCCAUAGUUUGCUGCCUAAGGGUGACCCAAAGCGGAACAGUUUGCAGCAGGCGGUGAGCGAGUACAUCAGAGAAAGGAUCCUUUGGAGGAACUGCACCCAGCCUUGUCCUCCUGGCUCCCAACGCAGCCUCCGGGAUCCCUGCUCCUGCACGUGUCCCAGUGACGGCACCACUAACACCAUGUGCUGCUCCCGGGAGCGAGGCCAGAGCAAACUAACGGUGACGAUUCGACGUGCCUACGGUCUCUGGGGAGAUGAUACCACAAGAACAGAUGCUUACGUCAAGGUGUUGUUCCAGAGCAUUCAGAGCCGGACAUCCACUGUGUGGAAUAAUGACAACCCCGUAUGGAUGACCCACUUGGAUCUGGGGAGGGUCCAGAUCUUGGGAGAAACCAGCAAGCUCCGAAUACAAGUCUGGGAUGAAGACAACCGUUAUGAUGAUGAUCUUCUGGGCACGUGUGAACGAACUCUCAGGUCUGGGAAAUCUGAGACCGAGACGUGUUACCUUGACCAUGGACGCCUUGAAUUUCAGUAUCAUUUGAAAUGUGGCCCCUUCUUAGGGGGGCCCUACUGCUUGGAUUAUGCCCCUCAGCAGCCACACAGGGCUGCUAUGUUGCAACGUGGAGCAAAGUGA